AUGAUUGAGAAAUUGCCAAAAGCGCGUUUCUGGGAAGCAGAAGACAUCUUCCACUGGGAAGGCUUCUGGUUCUGGCCAGACGUUCUGAAAAUGGUCAUGACCUUCCGCGACAACUUCAUCGCCCGAAACGACGACGUUUUGCUCGCCUCCCCCAUGAAAACCGGCACCACGUGGCUCAAGUCCCUCGCCCUCUCCUGCCGCAACGACAAUGACGACAACGAUGUCCUCGCCGUCGAGAAUCCACAUUUCCUCGUCCCCACCGUCGAGGUGGUCCAUUUAAUCAAAAAGCCAUGUAAAACUGACGUCUAUGAUGCGUCGGCGCCGCGGCUGCUCCACACGCACAUCCCCUACUCUCUCCUCCCCGAUUCGAUCAAAAGCUCGUCCUCUUCGACAAAAAUUGUGUACAUCGCUCGGAACCCUAAGGACACGUUCAUCUCCAUGUGGCAUUUUUACAACUCCACUUUUUGUCCGAUCCCUCUCGAGAAGGCCUUCGAUUGCUUCUGCUCCGGCGUCUAUAAUUCCGGACCGUUAUUCGACCACGUGGCGGAGUAUUGGAUCGAGAGCUGGAAACGGCCUGAGAAGAUCCUGUUUCUGAAAUACGAAGAGCUGAAAAGCAAUCCGAAAGUACAAAUAUCUAAAAUGGCGGAAUUUUUGGGAAAGCCUUUGGGGAGCGAGGAUGAGAUGGAGAAGAUUUUAUGGAGAUGCAGUUUGGAGAGGCUAAGGAAUCUCGAGGUUAAUAAGAAUGGGAAAUCAUUCUUGGUCGCGUCGAAUAGCAGCUUCUUUAGGAAAGGGGAAGUCGGGGAUUGGAGGAACUACUUGACACCGGAGAUGGCAGAGAAGAUCGAUCAAAUGUCGCGCCACAAGCUUGAGGCCACUGGGCUCUUUCUUUGA